UUGGAGGAGACGGUUUGAAUCUUUGCCUAGUAUGCUCUUUGUUACUCUUUUUCGUCGAUUAUAUUCGAAUCUUUCUUUGCGGAAACAACAGACUUGUCCUCUACGCGACAUUGGUUCGCUAUUUUCGGCACUUAUGACUGGACGAACUAUCAAUUUGCAUUUCCGAGGAGCGACCUGAACUGUCAUAGCAGCACCCAUGCAAUAGUGCGGCCUUGCAGAUCCUCAAGAAACUAACUUUGUGACGCAGUCCAGUUAUAAGUCAAAAGAGAUCUAAUUCGACUACACGCGAGGAAGGGAACAAAAAUACAGGGACGAACGAGAAAACAAAGUCAGGAAAAAAAAGACAUGGCACAAAUAAAGGACCUGAACGCUCACGAACGACCUCCGGAGGCUGUCAAGCAACGCUACAAGCAAUACCAAAAGUCCACGCUCACAGAUAUAAACUUGGAUGGUAGCAUUCUGGAUCUUCAGGCGCUAGAUGCUGACCGGCUGCCGGAGGAUGUUUCAGUCACGCAUUGGAUCUCCGGCAAGGAUCUUCGGCCUGUAUUCGAUGAAUUUCUGGGGACAAGCAAGGAUGGUGCGGAGGGAUCCCUGAAUGCGAAAGAUAUCCCUGUCUUCUCUCAUCGCUCUGUGACCGGUCUCCAAAUGAUCCCCUCCCUCCUCCCACCAGCCGUACAAAUAGAACUCCUCUCGCGGCUCUUCCACCGAGACCUAUCCAACCCAAGACACAAGACCAACCUCCACCUGCACUACGAGCUCACGUACCCCAGCGCUGGGGAUGCAGCAGCAGCAGCAGCAACAACAACAACAACAACAACUACCUCGAUGACCGAUUCCAGCGUAGUAGACCCCGGGCCCCCUCCCCCACCCUCCUUCUUUGCCGACGACCCAGCGCGAGCCAUCCACCCGAAAGACCCCAGCGUGCACAAGCCACUCACCGUGCAGAACAUCCUCAACAAGAAACUGCGAUGGGUGACGCUGGGCGGCCAGUACGACUGGACCGCCAAGGUGUAUCCGGCCGAGCGGCCGCCGGCGUUCCCGCCGGACAUCGCGAAGCUGCUGCACACCAUGUUCCCGGCGACGGAGGCGCAGGCGGCGAUCCUGAACGUGUAUUCGCCCGGCGAUACGCUCAGCGCCCACCGCGACGUCAGCGAGGAGUGCGAUGCCGGCCUGAUCAGUAUCAGUUUCGGCUGCGACGGCUUGUUCCUGAUCGGCCAUGAUGAUGGCGCCGGCUGCGAGAUCGUCCGGCUGCGCUCCGGUGAUGCGGUGUACAUGGACGGCACGUCCAGGUUCGCCUGGCAUGCCGUGCCCAAGAUCGUGCCGGGGACGUGUCCCGCCUGGCUCGCGGAGUGGCCUGGCGCGCCGGAUGGUUCGGAUGCCACCACUCAGUAUGAGAAGUGGAAGGGGUGGAUGGAGGGCAAACGAGUCAAUCUGAAUGUUCGGCAGAUGAGCCUCUCGGAGCCUCGUCCGUGA